AGCGGCCCACCCGCCUCCAGCUCCCUCCACUUCGCCUCUCCUCCUGAUUCGCACCGCUUCCCUUUUCGCCGUAAAACACCCGACGUCACCCUCCAAACCCUAACCCUAGAAGAAGACAUCCAUCUCUCCACCCCCGGCGCGCGCCCGGCUGCUCGGGGCAGCGGCGAUGGGGAGGCGGAAGGAGCGCCGCCUGGCGGCCAAGGCGGCCUCGGGCCGCAGGGUCAAGCUCGACCUCUUCCUCGAUCCUUCCCCCGGGGAGGCAUCUAUGAAAGAGGGAGUAGGAGAGGAAAACCGUGGGCAGCAAACUGGUGUUCCCACUUCACCAUCUUCGUCAGGUGGGUUCAAUCAAUUUCCUUCCAAGGGAUAUGUAAAGACGGCACAUGCCUAUGGAACGUAAAUUUGGUGGAAAUUUGGAAUUUUCUUCAAGCAUGUGUAUGCUCCAAAUUUCUGGUUUGAGGCACAUGUAGGGUUCCCGGCCUGCAAGGAACAUUAAGUAAAUUCUUCAGAUCAGGCUGCCACUGUCAAAACUGGGUGUGUUCCUUCCGGUAAUUUCUCUUUUGGCAGCAUCUGAGCGUGGGGAUUUCAGGAUGAUUGUUGCCUCCUCGGUUCAUAAGAAGGAAAAUCCUCUAGCUUUGCUUGGGCAAUAUAGUGAUGAUGAAGAAGAGGAUGAAGUAGCAACAGAUCAACCCAUUGGUGAAACUAAGGGGAGUCCAACAGAUGCAAGUGCUGAGGUUAUUCAUGUUCAGGCUGAUGUAACUGGGGAUAAUGGCGAUGCAGAUAGUGAACUGCCUGCUUCUGUUAGUGUUCAGCAGGAGGUAUCUCAAGCUGAUGAUGUCAAAAAUGUCACAGAAAAUGUUGCUGAGGAAUUUACUGUUGCCCCUGAGCCAACUCUGGAAAAUGAGGGUGUGACAGCAACGGAAGCUGUCCCAGAUUCAUCUGGCAUGCAAAUUGUUGGUGACAUUGGUGGGAAUUGGAAGGCUAUAAUGCAUGAACAGAGUAAUCAGUGCUACUACUGGAACACAGUUACUGGAGAAACUUCUUGGGAGAUUCCUAAUGGAUUAGCUUCAGUAGUUGCUGCUGAUGGGGUCACUUCUGCAUCUGUGCCUACUCAUAUGGGGUACUCUGUCGAAGCUCAAGCACAUGUCCUUCCCCACAGUAAUGUCGAAGCAUAUCCUAGUGACGUGUCUGUUGGAAAUGGCACAGCAACCUAUACUGCUAUGGGAACUUAUACUCAUGAUCCUUAUGCUUACACUGGAGCCAUUGCUAGUCAUGAGACAGUGGACAUUGACCCCUUGCAGCUUGCAAAAUAUGGUGAGGAUUUACUGCAAAGACUGAAGCUGCUGGAAAGGCCACAUGUUGCCAUUGACAGUCUUGAGUUGAUAAAAAGAGAAAUUGAGGUACGAAUAGCAGACUGUAGUGCCCUCUCCUCGUAUGGAUCUUCUUUACUUCCGUUGUGGUUGCAUGCUGAGGUGCACCUUAAGCAACUAGAACUUUCAGUUUCCAAGUUUGAAGCUAGCUACACUACCAAACAUGGAUAUCUGGAGACAGUGGAUGCAGGACACAAAGCACCUAAUCAAGCUGAAGUUAUGGCACCCUCUGAGGGUGAGCAUUUGAAGGUUGAUGUUAGCACUCUGGGAAUAGGUACUGGCGAUGAAAAUAUUAAGGUUGAGGAACCAUGUACAACAUCAUCUGUUCAGAACUCACAAGGUGUGGCAGCAGCUAUUUUAAGAGUUGAAUCAGACAGUGAUGAAGAUAUGGACGUGGAAAUGGAGGUCGAUGAAGAAGGUGUUGAAGAGCAGGGCGGUUCCACUUCUAUGCCAAAUAAGGAGCAUCCUUCAUCAGAGCAAGUACGAUCACCAGCUUUGUCAUCAUUGGAGGAUUCUGCUCCUCCCCCACAGGAUAAUGACAUUCCUCCUCCACCACCACCACCAGAAGAGGAAUGGAUUCCACCUCCACCACCUGAGAAUGAACCAGCUCCUCCACCUCCUCCUGAGCCUGAAGAGCCCGCUGUGUCAUUUGUUCAUGCUGAUACACUUCCUCAGCCAUACGGAGAUCAAGCAAACUUGGGUUACAUGCUUCCAGUAAUGGAGUACUAUCCUGCUGCUGGUACAGAUAGCACAAAUGCCAACUACUAUAUGCAAGCAAGCGAUUCUCAAAUUCUUCAAUCACAGCAGCAUUCUUACUAUGCACCAUUGUCUGCAAGUGGUGUAUCUAUUCCUGUUGAGACCACAUCCAUCCCCACAGUACCAGGUUCUUAUUAUAGCUAUCCUUCUGUCACCAUGUCUGCCACUGAAGUAGCAGCUGAAUCUUCUGGAUACUAUGCUUCAUCAACCUGUGCCAUUUCUAGUGGUGAAUUAGAUAACAAAACAAGCUCGGCCUCCCUUGUUGCAAAUAGUAAUGUGAAUUCUGUGGAGUCUGAUAAAGUGAUAUCCAAGGAGCCCACAGUUGCGUCUUUGAGCCAAUCAGUAGGAGCAGUCUCAGCUUCAGGACCAACAGUACAUGGAAGUUCUACUCAAGCUUCUACUAGCACCACUAAUCAGACUAAAGUUCCUCGUACUAAGAAGCGACCUGUUGCUGUUGCAUCGUCACUGAGAUCUAAUAAGAAGGUCUCAAGUCUGGUGGAUAAGUGGAAAGCUGCAAAAGAGGAGCUUCGUGAUGAAGAGGAAGAGGAGCCUGAAGAUGCUUUGGAGUACCUAGAAAGGAAACGCCGGAAGGAAAUAGAUGGGUGGCGUAAACAACAAAUAGCUAGUGGAGAAGCCAAGGAAAAUGCUAAUUUUGUUCCCCUUGGUGGUGAUUGGCGUGACCGUGUAAAACGCAAAAGAGCUGAAGCAAAGACUGAAUCUAUUCGUGCAGCUGCCGAACAACACAAAGGGGAGCCUGAUCUCUCAGAGCUCUCCAAGGGUCUUCCUUCUGGGUGGCAGGCAUACAUAGACGAGUCUACGAAGCAAAUGUACUAUGGGAACAACCUCACUUCCGAGACGACUUGGGAUCGGCCUAGCAAAUAAAGAUUGGAUUAGUUGAAGAUGGUCUAGUUUUGCUCUGUAGAUUUCCCCGUACCUCCGAUCGAUACGUUGCCUGUCACGUCCUGAGAAGCAACCGGUUUCUGAUGUUACCUUGGUUUUGAGGCUGUAUUGUUUCUUUUAUUUUCCACUGGGAGAUCAUAGUGGGGAGGAGAGUUCAUUUUGGUAUAGAGGCACCCCUGUAAGUGGCAACUUGAGAUCGAAUUACUGAAGCAAAAUCUACUAGUUAGUUGCUGACCAAGGAAAAAUGUACCUUGUUAA